CAAUCUAUCAAAGUGGCAAGCAUAUUAUGCUUUCCCCUCACAUUGAUGUAGAAAAAUACAUUCUAUAAUGCCAAUGCCGGGUGACCAGCAUCGUCCCACGCCUGUGGUGGCGAACCCUUUUGACGAACAAAAGCAACAUGUGGGAGAGUACACGGCACAAGAGAUUGCCACUUUGCAGAGUAGAUUGGACAAGCAGCUAGGCCCGGAAUAUAUAUCUUCUCGUCCAGGCGCUGCUGGCCAAAAAGUCCAUUAUCUGGCCGCCGAGAAGUGUAUCAAUCUAGCAAACGAAGUGUUCGGUUUCAACGGAUGGUCAUCUGCGAUUCAAAAUAUACAAAUAGAUUUUGUGGAUGAGAGCGCAAGCACUGGCAAGAUUAGUUUGGGAUUAUCGGUAAUCGUGCGCGUGACGCUCAAGGAUGGGACAUACCACGAGGACAUUGGAUACGGUCACAUUGAAAAUUGUAAAGGAAAGGCCGCGGCUUUUGAGAAGGCGAAGAAAGAAGGGACCACAGAUGCCUUGAAGCGGGCUCUCCGGAAUUUUGGCAAUGUUCUGGGUAACUGCAUAUAUGACAAGGACUACUUAUCCAAAAUUACAAAGGUCAAGAUAGCUCCGUCAAAAUGGGAUGUGGACAACCUCCACAGACACCCGGAUUAUGCGCCGAUCAAAAAGGAAAGCAGUGGUGAUGAGGCACCACUUCGCAGACCAAUUUCGGCUGCUGUGGCUGAGUAUGAGUUCGAUGCGGCGGAUGAGCUCGAAUUACUUGACUUCAGCGAAUCGUGUGGCGACAACCACGGCAAUCCCGAUGAGAUAGUACUUGAUAAUACGCCUUCUGGCCCGCCAAACAAUAGGAUAAAUGUCACGAGGCCCGAAAGCAUUCAAAACAGUGGUGUCUCGUAUAUCAAGCCAGGCAAUGGGCGGCCGCUGUCAUCCAAGACACAACUUCCAUCUGGACCCCAAACAUCUAGUACACGAGGAAAGCCCCAGAGCAUUACUCCUAGUCUGCCUUCAGUGCCUAAUCGGAACCCACCUCCGUCGGUUGGAAAUCGCGCCGCAAGCGUUCCUCCCCCGCAGAAGCGGUUUGUUGGAAAUCCAACGACCGUAUCAAAAUCUAUACAGCCUCAGAACCCAUCUCAACUUAACAAUGCUGCAGCGCAGCCUCCGACAAGCAAGCCUACGCCGACCAUCCCACCACCGCUUCCCCAGCAACAACCUCAACCUCAGUCGCCCGUCCAGACAAAACCUUCAUUUUCCAACCAGUCGAACCCUGCCGAGACACCUCCUCAGGCAACUCGCCCUCCGCAAGACCUUCCAGUGGGUUUCUUCACCGCACGAGCUGCGGAGUCUUUACAAAACACAAGUGGAAGCCUCCCCCAUGAUGCCUCUGCGUUCAAUCCCCACUCAGAAAGCCCAUCAAUCCGCAAAACAAGUGGCUUCGAUCAUUCCAAGACAAAACCAAUCACCCGCGAGUCCAUCGGCGUCUCAAAUCCGCCAAGUAGCACAGCAAUGGCCAUUCCACGAGCCAACUUUAUCAAUCCACAAACAGACACAAACCGACGCAUUGGUAUGCCUGGGGCAAGUGCAAGCCCAUUACAGAACCGCAGUUCAUACAAACCACCAGGGCCUGCACCUAUCAAGCGACCGUUAGAGCUAAAUCCAGCGCAGUCUCGCCAAGCCCUAGGAGAUGUUACUGCCGGACACAUCAAUGCACCCUUUGAUACUGGCGGUGGAGUUUCCGGGACUGAUCUGAAGCGGCCACGACUUGCAGAAGGAUGACUCGCUUCACAUUUUCAUUCUAACGAUCAUCUUUUAGACGCCUUAAGCGCUCUUUACUCUACGGCGCUUGGAAUCUAGUCUUAUCAGUUAUACUUUGAUUUUGUUUCCUUUGCCGUUUGCAUUUUCUGGCACAUAGCAAGGAUUCUUCUCAAUUGCAAAGCAUCAGGCAUUGGGCUCAUUGGGAGUGUAAAGAUUGCAAUCAGGGCAAGGAGUUUGGGAAUGGAUCAAAAUUAGCGUCGUACGUACAGUGCAAUGGAAUAUUUUCUCUCUGAGAUUAGUUCUUUUUUCUCUAUGGGACAUAAAAGGCCUCACUUGGUGAACUAUCAGGGAAUGUUGCUAGACGGAGUGGAC